CGAGAGAGUCAGUGGUUUCCAUGGUGAUGGAGCUGAAAGUGCAGGAAAUUUAAAGGCUUGGACCUUGCGAGACAGACAAACCGGUGCCAACGUGCGCGGACGCCGCCGCCACCGCCGCCGCCGCCGCCGCCGCUGCUGGAGUCCGCCGGGCAGCGCCGGCCGCGGAGCCGGGAGAGGCGCAGGGAGAGGCAGAGCCGGAGCAGCUCGGGCCGUGCCGCGCGGAGCUGCAGUACGAGGCGCCGCGCGCGGAGGAGGCGACGGAGAAGGAGGAGGAGGGCGCAGAGCGGCUCGGCCCCGCGCCCUGCGCCCCGCGCCCCGCGCCGCCGCCGGCCCUAGAACGCAGAGAACAGCCGGCGCCCCCAGCGCCCCGCGGUCGCCCUGGAGGGAUUUCAGAUGCCGCGCCGCGGCCGACUUUCCGCGUAGACCCGGACGAGGAGUCGCAGCCAACUCUCUUGGGCGCCUGCGUUCCGCCCCGGUGGGAGCCGGCGCCGCGCAAAGGGCUUCUCCCCGCGGCUCAUGCGGCCGGCCCUGCGCCUGCCCCGCCUCGGCUGAGCCGUCUCCGGAGGGACGCGGGACGCAGCGGCAGCCCCGGGCGCGCGCCGGAGGCAUGGAGCGCGGCCCCGGCCUGGGGGUCACCCUCUACGCCUUGGUGGUGGUCCUGGGGCUGCGCGCCGCGCCGGCCGGCGGCCAACACUACCUCCACAUCCGCCCGGCUCCCAGCGACAACCUGCCCCUGGUGGACCUCAUCGAACACCCGGACCCUAUCUUCGACCCCAAGGAGAAGGAUCUGAACGAGACGCUGCUGCGCUCGCUGCUCGGGGGCCACUACGACCCGGGCUUCAUGGCCACCUCGCCCCCCGAGGACCGGCCCGGCGGGGGUGGAGGCGCAGCCGGGGGCGCCGAGGACCUGGCCGAGCUGGACCAGCUGCUGCGGCAGCGGCCGUCGGGGGCCAUGCCGAGCGAGAUCAAAGGGCUGGAGUUCUCGGAGGGCUUGGCCCAGGGCAAGAAGCAGCGCCUGAGCAAGAAGCUGCGGAGGAAGUUACAGAUGUGGCUGUGGUCCCAGACCUUCUGCCCCGUGCUGUACGCCUGGAACGACCUGGGCAGCCGCUUCUGGCCGCGCUACGUGAAGGUGGGCAGCUGCUUCAGCAAGCGCUCGUGCUCCGUUCCCGAGGGCAUGCUUUGCAAGCCGUCCAAGUCCGUGCACCUCACCGUGCUGCGGUGGCGCUGUCAGCGGCGCGGGGGCCAGCGCUGCGGCUGGAUUCCCAUCCAGUACCCCAUCAUUUCCGAGUGCAAGUGCUCGUGCUAGAACUCGGGGGAGGGGUCCCCUGCCCGCACCCGGACACUUGACGGAUCCCCACCGACGCCCCCCACAUCGCCUCCAACCAGAUUCACCACCCUUUAGCGAGGGUUUUCGAUGAACCUUUUUUUUUUUUUUUUUUUUUUUCUGGCUACAGAGACCUAGCUUUCUGGUUGAUGCAAUGCACUGUUUAACUAUGUAGGAAUGUAUAUGUGUGUGUAUAUACGGUCCCAGUUUUAAUUUACUUAUUAAAAGGUCAGUAUUAUACGUUAAAAGUUACCGGCUUCUACUGUAUUUUUAAAAAAAAUAAGCAAAAGUUAAAAAAAAAAGAACAGAGAAAAGAGAGACUUAUUCUGGUUGUUGCUAAUAAUGUUAACCUGCUAUUUAUAUUCCAAUGCCCUUCGCAUGGCGAAGCAGGGGGGAAAGUUAUUUUUUUUCUUAAAGUACAAAGAGAGGGGAACUUUUGUAGAAGGACUUUUUAAAAGCUAUUUUCCAUUCUUCGGAAAGUGUUUUGAUUUUUCCUUGGACCUCGAAGAAGCUAUAGAGUUCAAUGUUAUUUUACAGUUAUUGUAAAUAUAGAGAACAAAUGGAAUGACUAAUCAUUGUAAAUUAAGAGUAUCUGCUAUUUAUUCUUUAUAAUAUCCCGUGUAGUAAAUGAGAAAGAAGUGCAGACCAGGAUUAAAGAAAACCACUAAAACCCA